AUGAGUGGUGCUUCCGAUGGAGUUCCCUCCAAUCGACAGGAGUGGGAAAGCAUGGUCAAGAGCAAGGGCCUCCAGGGAAAAACUGUCCACGCAGCUGAGCUGGCUUCUGGUUCCAAAAUUGGUGUUGAUCAACACUUGCUUCUUCGCGUUCUAUGGGUGGAUCAUCGUUCGAAUUUGUCACUCCCCCCGAAAAUCAGCAAGUUGCUACCAAAGGCAGCCGGAAUGCUGGCGGAGUAUAAAUCCUGGGAAACGUACUGUGACAGUUUUGGUAACACCGAAAAUCCCGAAGGAAGCUUUGCAGUGGCUCGCUAUUAUCAGCAGAAGGCUGCAAAUAGCAAAGAGAACAUCCAACCCAAUAGCUUUGACACCCCGGUCGCACUGCGUACCCGCAGCAAACAAAAUAAUAAAGCGCCGGAUAUAUCCAAACUACAACUGAAUCCACCAGAGACCCCAUCGGGAAAACAAAGAAAGCCGCCGGAGACACCUAUCCUGUCAACCUCUGACGAUGAUUGGAUUGCCGACGAUGACGACUCCCCGCCCAAGAUGACACCUGUUACUCCAGCUGCGCAGGUCCCUGAAGAGCUGCAAAAGAAAAUGUACCCACCGACAAAAGAUGAACAGAUUGUGAAUACCGCACUUUUAGUAUUCCUCAAUGCGCUUACUUUUCAUUUCCCUGAUUGCGUGCCUUGCGAAUGGACGCUUCACCGGAGAAGCUUCCACGCCAAUUUCACCCAGGCUAGCUUCGAAGCUCGGACGGAUGGUUAUCUGGAUGAUGGCCAGGAGAACGCUUGUGCUCUCAUUGAGGUUAAACCUGUCAUCCGAGGAAAGAGACAAAACCUUAUACAGAUGCAGGAGAGCGCCCAAAUGGUUGCCUGGCUCAUGAAUGACUCUGAUAACAGCAACAUUGACAAAAUGCAAGUAUCUCUUCGACUCCAAGACCUCUGA